GUGAUUGAAGUUUUUGCUUUGCCCUCCUCCCCCCCUGGAGUGGUGGUGUGGCGUGGCCUGCCCCUGUGGUGCGUGACUGCCGGUGUGUUAGAGGAGAGAGGGUGUGUGCUGCUGGCUGGCUAAUGGAGGAAGGUGGCAGUAUAUGUGUGUUCGUGUGUCUGUGUGUGCGUGUGUGUGUAUGUGUGUGUACUGCCCGGAGCCCUCUCGCCAGCCAGCCAGUCAGCUAGUCAGCCUCCUGCCUGUCUGUCUGUUUGUCUGCUCGCCUGCCCUCUCGUCACCUCCACCACCACCACCACCACCUCCACUUCCACCAUUACCACAUAUUGAGGAGGGCAUAGACUAGCACCACCUCACCGCUUCCACCUGCACCGCCGCACGCUGCACCGUCAGGAUCUAGUCAUCUGCUACGCUAGUCAGUUGCUGGUGUCACUCCUGCCACCACCUCAGUACCACACGGCAGGGAUGGUGGCGCCCUGUGCUGGGUCGAGGACUCCCUGCCGCCAGUGCACAGUGAAACAGAACCAGUGAUAUUUGGGGCGCCGUCGCCACAGCCAUUGCCGCCUCCGUCGUCGUCGCCGCCGCCAUGUAAACGCCUCGUGUUGUGCCGACGGUGCCAUAGUUUGAAUCUGAGUGAGUGAGCGUGUGAGUGAGUGAGUGAGUGUGUGAGUGUGAGGGCGUGGAGGAUGCGGUGCCGCGGGCUAGAGCGAGGUAGCCCGGGCGUGAGGCUGCUCGCCGAGUAGGAAGGAGGAGGCUGCUGGGAGGGACGCUGGCGACCCGGCGAGGACAGGCAUGGUCUAGCGUGUCACUUUGCCGCCGUGUGUGCGAGUGAGCUGCCGCACCCUCGCUUCCCUCUCCUCCAACACCCUUCUGCCGCGCCUCCAGCAGGUCACCCGAUCAGCGUGUGGCCGCCGCGGGUCACGCCAAGGGGUCACGCUGCGUUGUGUUUACCUGCCCUUGUUGGGGGAUUAGAGUGGGGCGGAUGAGCGUGGCGGAGCGUGAGGCUGGGAGCGUGGGGGCGGUGGGCGGCCUGGCGGCGUGAGGCGGGAGGGAGGGAGGGAAGAGGUCUGGUGGAGCUGGAGGGGCGCCUUCCACCCUGGCUGGCACCCGGCCAGUCCCCGCCCGCCGCCGCCACCACCACCACCGCCACAGCCUCCACCACCACCGCCACCACUGACAAUAACUGGAAGGCCCCUCGUGCUGGCCAUCGCAAGCCUCCCUCCACCAGCACGUCGCCGCCGCCCUCGCCGCCGCCAGACUGCACCAGCACACAGGCAGCUGGUGGCGCUGUGACGGGGAGUGACUACCAUCCAUUGUGUUACUGCUGGUGUGACGAGCAGUCAGUGUACUGUGUGUGGUGCAGCAGCCAUCCAGUGUGCUGCGGCGGGAAUAUAAGAACCAUCCAGUGCUGCAAGACGUGGUGUGACAACCAUCCAGUGCUACGAUACGGAGUUGACAUCCACCACCCUGGCUGUGGUGUGACAGCCAACCAGUGCAUCACUACCCAGUGUGCGACAACCAUCCAGUGCGCUAUAACGGUGUCCUGAACCGCCAGCCUCCUCGCCACGAGGCUUGACACCGCCACCAGAUUGUGACGAGGCCUGACAGCCUGCCACUGCAUUGUAGCGGGGUGUGACAGCCAGCCAGUGCGUUAUAACGGGGUGGAACCUGCUGGUGCGCUAGAACCAGGUGAACACACACACACACACACACACACACACACACACACACACACACACACACACACACACACACACACACACGAGGAAGAAUAUGCGGCGCCCCGGAACCACCGGGUGCCGGGGAACAUAGACUCUGUGCCCCGCCGCUCGGUGCUGCCGCUUGCCCCGGGACCAUGUGAGCCUCGCCCGGCUGCCGCGAGCACCGGUCAGUCCUUGUGAGCCCCGCCAGGCCACGAGCACCGUAAUCCCGGUGGAGCAUGUGAGCACCGCACGCGCCGCCAAGAUGUUCUCCCUUCGGCCUUACCGCUCGCUGAGGGACGACGAAGAGACGGUGCCGGGGAAGGGCGUGGUGUGUGGCGGCGUGGACUCCUCCUCGGCCUCCCGCCUCCACUGUGUGUCCCAGGGCGGCUCGGAACCCCCAGGCACCUCCACCCCAUCCUCGCUCUCACUAGCGCUCUCCUCCCCAACUGCCACCCCCACCACCACUACCACAACCUCCAGCAGUGGCGGGGGGGCGGCCACCUUCACUACCUCCUCCUCCUCAGCGGCGGUCAGCGGCAGCGGCGGCGGAGGCAAGGCGUCGCCGCUCUCCCUGACCUCCCUGAAGGCCGCCUGGCGCAGCCUGAUCGGCGUGGGCGGCUCGAGGCUCCCUCACCUGGAGCGGCCCGACGUGGGCGCCAGUGAGCCCCACGACUACCGCUACACGCACUUCCCCAACAAGCGCCACCACAAGGACACCUCCUUUGACGAGACCCACAUCCACCUCACGCCGGCCGCCCGCACCUACACCCAUCCGCACCGCAGCCCCGUCCCGCCCCCGCCCCACUCCCACACCCCGCCCCCGCGGCCGCAAGUGCCCGAGGCCACCCUUACUCUCGCCAAGUGCCUUAGGAAACACCGCGAGAAGCAGCAGGCGCGCGCCCUCACCCGCAAGUCCAAGUCGGACAAUGCCCUGCAGAAGGUGGGCGUGCACCUGAAAUCCCACUCCGACCAGAACUUGCACAAGGUGUGGCUGGCCAGCGGCGGCGGCAGGACUAACUCGGUCUUCAGCACCGUCCAACUGUCUGGCGGCAGCGGCGACAGCUGCAGUAGUAGCGGCGGGAAGCGCAGCGGCCGCCAUCACCGGUCCAAGUCUCUGGAGCGGCAGCAAGGCGCCCGCGUCCACCCGGCGCCACCCUCACUCCACCCACGCCAUACCCGCUCCCUUGAGAGGAACCACAAAUUCAGGGUGGACCUGCGCCCCCCGGGGCCCCUGAGAGACGAACCUCCCGAGCACCCGGCGCCCGCGCCUCCCACUCUUACCCCCACGCACGUGCCCUGGGCCCCGGAUGCCGUGGAGGGCGUGAGCGUGCACGGGCAGCAGCAGCAGGUGCAGCAGGGGUGGGCGGGCGGCAUGGAGGGCGGCCACGCGGCGGGGGGCGGCGGCUCCUUCAUCAACAAGCCGGCGAGGGGCUGGUUGCACCCCGACCACCAGCUGGCCGAUGACGGCGUCUGCUACGGCGUGCGGUACAUUGGCUGCCUGGAGGUCAACACGUCAAUGAAGAGCCUCAACUUCGACACCAGAUCACUCAUCGCAAAGGAGUGCAUCAGCAAGGUGUGUGAGGCUGCCGGACUCAAGACUGCCGACCGCAAGAGGAAGGUGGUGAAGACAAUCAGCCGCAUCCUUGGUGAGCGGCCCCUUAUGGAGCAUGCAGGGAGCAAUGUCAACCUCACCAUCACCAGCACAGCUCUCAACCUCACCAACCUGGAGUCGGGCCAGAUAGUUGCCUGCCACGACAUGCCCAACAUAUCCUUCGCUUCAGGGGGUGAUCCGGACACACUGGACUUCAUCGCAUACGUGGCCAAGGACAGUCGGUAUGGCCGCGCAUGUUUUGUUCUGGAGUGUGGGGGCGGCCUGGCUCAGGACGUCAUCACCACCAUUGGCCAGGCCUUUGAGCUGAGGUUCAAGGAGUACCUCAAGCGCACUCCCUCCGUCCAGUACACCAGCGUCAAGUCUGACAAAUCAGGCAUCAAUGGUGAGGGUGGCAUCACCUGGGGGCGUGACGACCCUGAGUACUACAAUGACCUGCCUGGGAAGGUGCCCCCCGACCUGCCGCCACCCCCUGUGCCCCCGCUGCCCCAAUACUCAGCUUCAGAGAGCAAGCGUUCUGUCCUGUCCAGCCCAACCCCCACCCCAGCUCCCAGUGCCUCCUCUUCCUCCUCCCCUGUGCCAGCAGCAACCCAGCCCCUCGCCAACUCUCACCAGACACUGUCCAGCAAAGUGUCGGACAACCUGAUUGACCUAUCAUGUGAGGGCACAGCACCGGGGCCGCUGCGCAGUGAGCCGGAGUAUGUCAAUGAUGCCGUUAUCAGACAGAAGCAGCUGAUGGACCAGCGGGACCCAUUUGACAUGCAGCCAUUCAUCAUGCAGCUGUCUCAACUGAGUGGGGGUGUUGCUGCUCCAGCCAGUGGAGCAGCAGCAGCAGCAGCUGUCGGAGGCACAGGGACCGUUGCGGGUGGAGCAGUUGGAAUGACAAACAAGCCUCUGCCUCUGAAUCAGCGGCUUCAGCUCCAGCGUGAACCCUGGUUCCAUGGCGCUAUAAGUAGGAAGGAGGCGGAGAUGUUACUGCGGCAGGACGGGGACUUCCUGGUGCGGGAGUCCCAGGGCACAGUGGGUCAGUACGUCCUGACGGGGAUGCAGAACAACACCAAGAAGCACCUUCUGCUUGUGGACCCUGAGGGAGUGGUGAGGACCAAAUCACGCACCUUUGAUAGCGUGAGUCAUCUCAUCAUCUACCACCGGGACUACGAGCUGCCCAUCGUGUCUGCCGAGUCAGCACUCCUCCUGCGCAACCCAGUCCUAAGACACCCCCGCUAGGCCUCAGGGUUCAGUGGAGGGGCUAAGGGCUGGGAGGAGGGUGUGGGGGAUCAGAGGAUCCCCACCCCAUCCACCCACCUCCCCAGGCCAGUCCGUUUAGGUGUUUCGUCGCACAAGUACCAUAACUUAUAUUUUGUACCAGUUAGUGCAGUGUUAAUGUCUGUGACUCUAUGGUCCAGGGGAGUGUGGGGGAGGGUGAGUCAGGGUGUGUGGGGGGAGGGGAAGGGAGGGAGGGGAGUCCUAGGGUAGGGUGGAGUGUAGGAGUCUGUGUUCCUCUGUAGUACAAAGAAGUAAGUUUGGUUGGUGGCUUAUCUGUGUGUGUGUUUGUGAUCUGUGUGUGCAGUGGUGUGCACAUGCUGCCUUUCUUCAUGAUACUCACUCUGUCUUACUUCCCAACACACACACAUGCACACGCACACGCACACACACACACACACACACACACACACACACACACACACACACACACACACACACACACACACACACACACACACACACACACACACACACACACACAGUGGAGAACCUCUUUAUGCAACCCAAGGUGACUAAUCAACAUAAACACUAUUUCUUGCCAUUUUCCAAUAUUUAACCCGACACAUUUCAGAUGUUCUAUUCCCACAAACUGGAUCAUGGGACACCACUUUCAUUGCCAUGAAUUUUAUACUUGGAGAGUUCACUGUGCUUGCCACAUCUUCCCUUGUGAUGGAUCAGAAACAUCUGAAGUACACACAUGCUUUCCUCUGCCUAGCUAAAGUGCAGAAUUGAGCCUUAAGUCACAGGAGUCCAAUUUCAGCACAAAUGGUGAUGAGUAACUCUGGAUUUUUGAAUUUAUAUUUUUCUACAUGAUGCACAAAAUAUUGAACUGGUACUUAAAUGUUGGAGCUUACAAUUGUACAUGAUAGUUUUGUUGAUAGUUUUGCCUGUGAAAUAUUUCCCUGUCUUGAGCAGCACUCAUUGUGGGUUUCAGGGAUGGCCAUGGCAAGGGUAGUUUGGGAGCAGUUGAGACAAUCAUGUUGCAAAAAAUGUGCCACAGAAGCCUUUUGAGUUAGUAUUUUGUGCUGUCUGCAAAAUGUGACUGAUGCCCUGCCUGUGAGCUGUUUAGGGAGGCACAGCGAAUUUUCUCUUCAUAGACACUAGACUGAACAGUAUGAAUAACAAAUGCACAUCAAUAUACUGACACAGGCAUGUGCACACAGCACACAUAACUAGAGAGAUUAACAGGGAGCCCCCAACUCUAGCUCAACCACAGAGUAACACAGACAUCUCCCCCACUGAGGAGGAGGAGAAGAAGGAGACAAGGUGCUGUUGAGAGGUGUCACUAGAGUGGAAACUGAAAAGCUCUUGGCAGUCGGCACCUGCUUUUAUGUGUGGCUUGAGAGGGAUGGAAUGAAGCUAGAGUUGCAGGAGUGAUAGUGUUGUGGGAUGAAUCAAGUGAACUUGGUAUGGGAACUGUGGGUUUUGCAAGGACUGCAAGAGACAGGGAGGGAGAGAGGCCAGGCUGGCAUGGAGGGUAGAGAAGUACAAGCUGCAUUUGGAAGCCUGAAAUGCACUGCAUCUGGAGCAAUACACACCUUGAGUCCCUCUCACAAUAACUUAGACUGACCACCGCCAACCUCACCACUGGACGCACACCUGCCCUGCUCUCCAGGCCUGCACGUGUGUGGCAGCGUGACAGCACGGCAGGUGUGUGUGGGUGGCUGCAGGUGUGUGUGUGAUUCAGAGAGCAAUAGGUUUUCUUACUGGUAAACCCCAACUAGGUCACUAAACCAAAGACAUAAUGUAACGUAGGGCCGGGGAGGAGUAGGUGGAGGAGGAGGUGAGGGGGGGAGCCACCCACUUCACAAUAUCAGUGAGCCAACCACUACUAAGGUCUAUUUUUCAACAGAUAUUUUUGCUACACCCCAUGACUGUGUGUCGAUAAUUGACAAAUCUUGCCUUGUAGCCUCUAGAAGUGACUCUGUCCUCAUUUAGUUAAGUGUAUUAUAUGUUGUAAAAUACUACUGUAAUUGAUUCACUGUUAAGGUUUACAUUUAAUUGUACAUAACAUGACAGGACACAUACAUACAAGCAUACAUCAAUACAUGCAGUCCAGGUAUUUUAAUGUUGUGUGUGCCAAAAGAUAUUGACUCAAUUAUUAACUAUUAUUUCUCUCCCACAUUGGCCAUUGAUAAUCAAAAUGUUUCUUUAUUAUUAGUUGCUCGUAUAUAACUCGGCUGAUUCCGAAACCAUGUGAAAUAAAUACAUACUAUUGUAAAAAUUGACACAAGUGUGAAUGGUCAUAAAUCACUGUAACUUUGUAUUAACAAGUGAAUAAAAUAUCACCUAUGA